UAGUUGCCCAAAAACCGAACUAUUUACUGCCAAUUCUAUUCCAAUCCUUACAAUUCCAAUCGAAUCCUCUCUCCCUUCCGUCUUCCCUUCGCACCACCGCUUCCUUCUCCAGGUAUCCUGCACCGAUUUGGUUUGAGAUUAAGGUUGAUUUGAAGUUCCCUCUUUUCGCCUCUAUUCGGGAUGUCGAGCGGCGGCCAGUCGUCUCGACUCAUCGACGAGCUCUGUGCCAUGUUCGCCCCCCUCCUGCACGCUCCCCGCCUCACCGUGCCUCCCGUCGACGUGCCCACCCGGCCCCGGACGCCGAGGCGGUGCCCGCCAGUCCGGAUCUCGCCCACGGGGUUCGCCUUGCGCCUCCUCGGUGCGUCCCUCGCGCUUAUGAUCUGCGGCUCCUUCAUCUUCUUCAUCGGGUUCAUGUUGAUGCCCUGGAUCUUGGGUCUCCUCUUUGUGUUCUACUUCGCCGGGAUCUUAUCGUACUUGCCCGGAAUUGGGAAAGCCAUACUUUUCCCCAAACGUGACUCCUCUAGCCCCAAGGAGAUGUCAGGGUCAGUGUUUUCUAAACCUCCGACUGUUUGAUCAUGGAGCUGCAACUGGUAAAUAGAACAGUCUACUGCAUAUUUGACUGAAGUUGAAAAUCAACAAGUAUACUGCCAAUUGAUGCCCUCUUAACUCUAUCCAUAAAAUGCUACUUCGCCAUCUCCUUAUUCUCUUGUUCUUUUAAAAGAGAGACCUGUGAUUGUUGAUUGUGCAAUAACUUAGACUGCUGUGAAGGGAAAAGAUAGUUAUAUUUGAUUUAAUAUUAAUCAAAUUGAAGUUAAAUUAAAAUUA